UCCCCCCCGGGCUCGUUAAUUUUUCAUCGCCCCGUUGUCCGCGUGUCUCCGUUGUUUGCGUUCCGUGUUGGGCAACACUGUACGACGCGUCGCUCGCCAUCAACAGGUCACGCGGCGGCUUGUACCGCCAACUGACACGGCCACGCUGAUAUCACGAGAUAACAAAUAAAUAGGUAUUAAUAAUAUUAUAUUACAUUAUUAUUAUUUCGUGUUCGUCGACUCGUCGAGAAAAGCCGCGUAAGCGCCCUCGUAGACGUCCGUACCCUACUACGGUAUCUACGAUUUUGAGUUUGAACCGUCUGCGAAAACGCGAUUUGUAAUUGAUCGACCGAGCUUUGAGAGACGUAUCAUAUCGAUAUAGUCGUUUUACACGCGUCCCGUUACACGCCGGCAACAUGAACGUAGACGCCGAAGCCAUUUUUUACAUCACCAAAGGCAUCAUGACCUUAGAGGAAAUCAAGAAGUUAAACGACGACCGCGAGAACUUGGACCUUUCGUUGUUGAUCGGCUUGACGACCAAUGAUCAGCUGUUCGACCAUAUCCUAAUCGAAAUGGACAUAUUUUGUAAAUGCCGUAAGAGAAUUGAGGAAAAAGACAAGUACACUAAACGUUCAAUAUUUUUACUCUUGAUGUUGUUUGAUCGCAUAAACGAUAUGUUUGUCUAUAUGGUUUCCUUGUUUACCAUUAAGGCUGAGUAUAUCCAGAAGUAUGCACAAUUUUGCUCAGAUCAUCUUCCACAAAUAGUUGCUGUUUCUCAUACAACUCUUGAAUAAUCAAAGUUCAGAAUAAACAUUUUUGUUAUCUAAUGCACUAAUUAAUUAUGCAUCUU